ACUUCCAUGCAUACUUCCUCUUCUCUUUUUUAGGUGUUUGUUAUUCAUUAUCGUUAAAAAGAAAAUAUGACAAAUAGCUAAGAAUAUUGAUUACUCUUUAUGUUUCCAAACUACUGCAGAAUUGUUCUGAGUGAUCCUUCAUUUGCUGCAUUCUGCUAAGGGUCCCAAGGUUAGGAUACCUUCCUGCUCUAUUCGUGUCUGCCCUCGGACAUCGAGGUCAUGGCUUCCAAGCGAAUGAUGAUCAAGGACAUUGAUGAAACUGUGCGUGGCUGGACAGCAGAGGUUAUGGUGAUUGAAAAAGGAUACCCAAAACUGACUAAGAAAAACACGCUCUAUCAAAGGCUUGUGCUAAUUGAUUCUGAGGGAACCAAGAUUCAGGCCACAAUCUUUGGACCUGAUAUUGACAUCUUGGAACACACGCUUAAGGUGUACCAUACGUACUCCAUUAGGAACGCUCAGAUCAGCAGAACUCCCGAUGAUUGUUAUCAUGUUGCUAACAAUGCUCUACAAUGGAAGCUGUUAUCAAGAACACCUGUGGAAGAAAUCACUGUAGAAGGACUCAGUAUAAGGGCUCUGAAAUAUAAUUUUGUGCCGCUAGCAGAAUUGCAUAACCACCAGAACAACAAAAAUGGGAUAGAGGUGCUGUUUGCAAUCAUGCAUGUGGGCCCAAAACGCAAAACCCCGAGAACCUUUGUGCAGAAUGUCACGGUGAUCGAUCAAAGCAUGAAGCCAACAACAUUAACUCUUUGGGAUCAAUUCACUCAUCUCGAGGCAAAAAGGAUGACUGAACUUACAGGACCAUAUCCUGUUGUCAUGGGUUCAAGGCUGAAAGUUAAUGCUUCAUAUGAGACUAAGCUUGAAACUAAAGGUUCGACGAUUUUCAAUUUCGAUCCUCCUUUGCCUGAAGCAAAUGUGCUCAGAACUUGGUGUCUCACCCACUCAGCCGAAAUCCAAAACCUCGACAUAGGUCAUCUUAAUCAGAUAGGGACACCUGUUACUCCUAUAGAAUCACCAUUCAAGAGAGAAAUCAUCAAGAUUAAUCGUCUUCCAACGAUUGUAGCAGAGCCGGAGUACUAUUGGAUACAGCCUGUCUGCAAGGUCACUGACCUAAACCAAAAUUUCUUCUACAUGUCAUGCUCAAAGUGCAAUCAUGGAACUGAUGCGACAGAUGAUACCGAAUUUUGGUGCAACUUUUGUGAUGAGAAGGUCGAGCCAACGCCAAGGUGCAGGUUUAAUGUUAUGCUUUCGGACUCCACGGGAGAUAUCACUGCAACAGCAUUCACGAAAGUUGCAGAAACCAUGUUCGGAAUAACAGCUCUAUACUUGAAAGAAAACACAACUGAGGAUGGGCUGUCCAUGGCUGCAAUGGAAGCAAUUACUAAGGAGCUGAAAUAUGUUGUUCGUGUCAAAGCAUAUAAAUAUGGCCCAGAGGAAAAGUCGCACUGCCUUUUUAACAUCCACCAGUUUGAUGAGGUAAAAAACAUCCAAGAAAAUGAUGCUGAUGAAACUGAUUCGUCAUCCAACAAGAAAGUUUGUAGGCAACUCUUCAUUGAAGAACCUCCCUCGAACUUCUCCGGCAUCAAGGGUGAGACCACAAUGGCUGGCCUACAGCCUGGUGCUGAUGAUUUCGUGCCACCAAAACAGAAGAGUAAUUGAAGUAAUGCUAGAUGCAAAAGUUUUUGGAUCACCAUGUUAACUUGCAUGGUCUACUAACGAUGGUUUGUAAUCAUAAAAUCCAUUGAUGCAGAACAUAUUAUUCUGGCUGCUGUAUUUUGAAAAAACUCUAGGCAGGUGAUCAGUAAUGUUGAACCAUAGUAUAACAGGUCAACAAAGAUGAUCAAUUCACACACUUGAGCCUUUUAGGCAUCUUUUGUCAGCACAUCGCACUGCUUCCAAGUGUUAUGUAUUUAGCCAAAACAAUGUUUCAGCAGCAGCGUUUAUUGCUAUCGCUU